AUGACUUCCUCUCAAUUACCUGACUCUCAUAAAAAGCGAAAAAUCACUGAUCUUGAUCAACAAAAUAUCGACUCAAUUGAUCCAGCUGAAAGAAAGGCCUUGAAGAAAAAAUUAAAAAAGGAAAAGAAGGAUAAAAAAGAUAAAAAAGACAAGAAGGACAAAUCAGAAAAAAAACAUAAAAAGGAUAAGAAGGAAAAGAAAGAAAACAAACAUAAAAAACUUAACAAUGAAAUAAAUGAUCUCAAAACAGGCUACAAUACUCAUAAAGAUCUUCUAGCUUUACCUCAGUCUGAUAUCGACCUGUUUCUAAAAGAAAAUGAGGUCGAGGUUAAAGACCCUACUGAACUUAAUUUAAGACCAAUUAUAUCCUUUGAUUAUCUAGAAGGUUUGGAUAAAAAACUCCAAAACGUUUUCAUAAAUUUUAAAAAACCCUCUCCAAUUCAAGCUGUUUCAUGGCCUUAUCUUUUCAAUUCAAACGACGUUGUUGGAAUUGCUGAAACUGGUUCUGGUAAAACUUUUGCCUUUGCUUUACCUGCUGUUAACCAUUUACUCUUAAAUCCACCUACUACCUCCGAUAAACCACAAGUUCUUGUUAUAUCUCCAACUAGAGAAUUAGCUCUUCAAAUUUUUGAUACUUUUAAAUCCUUAACUAAAAACACACCUCUUAAAUGUUCUUGCGUUUACGGUGGUGUUCAAAAAUACGAACAAAGAGAAACCGUUAAAAACUCCAAUAUUAUUGUUGCAACUGUUGGAAGAUUGCUCGAUUUCAUUGAAGAAGGCUCAAUCGAUGUAUCCCAGAUAUCUUAUAUGGUCUUAGAUGAAGCAGAUAGAAUGCUCGAAAAAGGGUUUGAUGAAGAUAUUAAGAAAAUUUUCGGUUUCAUUAAAUCAGAAAUUAGACAAACAUUGAUGUUCACCGCUACUUGGCCUAUGGAAGUUAGAAAAAUCGCUUCAACCUAUAUGAAAUCGCCUGUAAAGGUUUCAAUUGGUAAUAGAGAUGAAUUGUCUGCAAAUAAAAGCAUUACUCAGAUUGUAGAAGUUGUAGACCAAUUUUCUAAAGAAAAAAAACUUUUACAAUUAUUGAAACAAUAUUCAACUUCAAAAAAUAAUGAACAGAAAGUUUUAAUUUUUGCCUUGUAUAAAAAGGAAGCCUCCAGAGUGGAAAGAAAUUUAAUCCGUAAUGGCUAUAAUGUGGUUGCAAUUCAUGGUGACUUAUCUCAACAACAGAGAACAAGUGCUCUAGACAGUUUCAAAUCUGGUCAUAGCAAUAUUUUAUUAGCAACCGAUGUCGCUGCAAGAGGUUUGGAUAUACCCAACGUCAAAGUCGUUAUUAAUUUAACAUUUCCCUUAACAGUAGAAGAUUAUGUUCAUAGAAUUGGUAGAACUGGAAGAGCUGGAAAUACUGGUAUUGCUCAUACUUUAUUCACAGAACAAGAAAAACAUCUUAGUGGAGCUUUGAUCAAUGUUCUUAAUGGUGCUAACCAACCUGUUCCUCCAGAAUUGUUGAAAUUUGGUAGUCAUACCAAAAAGAAAGCCCACAGUGCUUAUGGUGCAUUCUUCAAGGAAAUUGAUAUGGAUAAGAAACCAAAAAAAAUUGUUUUUGACUAA